CGAUGGCUAGAAGGUUCUGCGGUGAGUGGAGCGGGAUCCCGCGGUUGGUGGCGAGCACGGACUUCCGGGACAUCCCCCCAAUCCGCGGCGCUAAGGCGUUUGCGCGGCGUUUCCCACGCGAGCCGUGAGUCAUUGAGUUCUCAAGUCUCCAGCAAACAGGAAUUUGUUCCUCAGUCCACAGAAAAAGCCAUGACUCCUGUGACGCCCGGAGCAGCCUCCUGACUGGAGAGCUGACUCCUGUACCCUGAGAGCAGAGCCUGGCGCCGCAGGAAGCACUUCAGGGCCUUUGGGCCUGUAUCCGACCUUGACCUUGGUGCCCGAGCAAAGGAAGAUUUCUGUGGUAUGUCUCUACCCACUGAGAACAUGAGCAACUGUGAAGCGAUGAAGAGUUUGGCUCAAAUGUUGGAUGAGCCAGCUCCGCUUUCUCUGGACUUUGCCCUUUCCCAAGAAGACCUUGAAAGGACCAAGUCCCAGGCCUCAGUCACGUUUAUGGAUGUGGCUGUGAGAUUCACUCGGAGGGAGUGGGAGCAGCUGGCCCCAACUCAGAGGGUCCUCUACAGAGACGUGAUGCUGGAGACCUACGGGAACCUGCUGUCUGUGGGGUGUCAGUACACCAAGCCAGAUGUGAUCUUUAAGUUGGAACAAGGUGAGGAGCCCUGGACAGAGGAGGGAGCACCACCAAGGAGGAGUUGUCGAGAAAAAUUCUGGAAAGGUGAUGACCUGAUAGAUUGGCAACAGGAAAACCACGUGAGUUUUUCUACACAAGUGGCAUCCACAUAUAGGAAAACACAGACUAAGGUAAUACACAAGAAAUGUAUUGGAAAGCAAUUUGGUUUAAGCUCUGAACUUAUUUCCUCAAGCAAUAAACCUCAUAACUGUGACUCAUUAGGAAAAAAUUUGAAGGAUAAUUCUGACUUAGUUGUUCAUGAGAAACACUGUGCAAUAAAGAAAUCAUCGAACUGUGAUGGAGAUGCAGAGUCAUUCUGCCAUAUUACAUCUAAUACUGGAGUAAAAACCUGUGAAUGUAAUCAUUGUGUGAAAGCCUUCAUUCAGAAAUCAAACAUCACUGUGCAUCAUGGAAUUCAGAGUGAGAACAAACCCUCUGAAAGUAAUGGAUAUGAGGAAAAAUUCCAUGCUAACUCAUUCUUUACUCAAGAAGAGGAAGCUUACAAUAGUGAUAAGUCCUAUGACUGUAGUCAAUGUGGAAAAACGUUCAGCCAGAAGUCAUAUCUCAUUAGACAUCAUAAAACUCAUACAGGCGAGAAGCCUUAUGAAUGUAAGCAGUGUGGGAAAACCUUUUCUCAGAGUACAUACCUUAUUGCACACAAGAGAGCUCAUACUGGAGAAAAACCUUAUGAGUGUAACCAGUGUGGAAAAAACUUCAGCUAUCAGUCCUCCCUCAUUAGACAUCAUAAAUUUCAUACUGGAGAGAAACCCUAUGAAUGCUUGGAUUGUGGGAAAUCCUACUUUGAGAAAUCACACCUCAUUGUCCAUCAGAGAAUCCAUACAGGAGAAAAACCUUAUGAAUGUAAUGAAUGUGGGAAAGCUUUUACUUCAAUCUCAGUCUUUGUGCAACAUGUGAGAACUCAUACAGGUGAGAAACCCUAUGAAUGUGAUAAAUGUGGGAAAAGAUUCACUACCAGUUCAUAUCUAUUUCUACAUGCUAGAACUCAUUCGGAUGAGAAAUGCUACAAAUGUAAUGAAUGUGGAAAAGGUUUUCUCCAGAAGGUACAACUCACUGUGCAUAAGAGAAUUCAUAGUGGAGAGAAGCCCUAUAAAUGUAAUAAAUGUGAGAAAGCCUACAGGGAUCAUUCAUCCCUUAAUCAUCACAUAAAAAUUCAUAGUGGUGAGAAGCCCUUUGUGUGCAAUGAAUGUGGGAAAUCCUUUACCUAUCAGUCAUUCCUUAUUAAACAUGAGAGAUACCACACUGGAGAGAAACCCUAUGAAUGUACAGAGUGUGGGAAAGCAUUCUUCUAUAAUAGGGAACUUACUGUACAUCAGAGACGUCAUACUGGGGAAAAGCCCUAUCAGUGUACUGAAUGUGGCAAAGCGUUCACUGCCAGCUCAUGCCUAAGGCUUCAUGUGAGAACCCACACAGGAGAGAAGCCAUACCAAUGUAAUCAAUGUGGAAAAUCCUUUUCCCAGAAUGGACAGCUCACUGCACACUGGAGAACACAUGCUCAGGAAAGAAGUCUUUAAUAUGUGAAUUUGUGAAAACACGUGACUGUUAAACUUACAGCAUAAUAGACACAAGUUCCAGACCUACUGCCAAGCUUUUUCUAGAAAAAUUACAGAUUUUUAAUUAUAAGUAACAGUCAUCUAUUCAGGUUAUAUUUUUUAACUAUCACCGUAUUAAAUAACCAGGGAAGCUUUUUAAUUUAAUAUAAAUUAUCAUGAAAUCGAGCCCUGGUGGUGCCAGUGGUUAAGCAUUCAGCUGCUAACCAAGAGGUCAGCAGUUCUACUCUGUCCUGUAGGGUUACUGAGUCGGAAUCAACUCGAUGGCAGCAGGUAACGGGUAUCAUGAAAUACUGUGCCUGAUUUCUGUCACCUUAGUCUCAUGCAUUAUUUCACCAAAAAUAUUUGAUAGCACCAGUACCUUCAUGUGAGGGUUAUAUUAUUCAGGAAUAUAAUAUGCAGUAACCUGUGAAAGACUUGUAUUUUGUGAAGAGUGGAUAUGAGGGAGUGUUUUCGUAUGGUAAAAAUUUCUAUAUGAUUAAUUUAUGCAUCAGUAUUGACUUAGUUGUCUAAAACAGUUUGUGUGUGUGUGUCUGUCUCCUGAGGUGUAUCAGCAAAAUGAUCUCCGUCUGCACCUGGAAAUAUGCAGGUUAUAAUUAUCUUUAUAAAAUACAUGAAUCUGUGCAUAUCUAACUACGUUUUUAUUAACCCAGUUGUAUAAUAUUACUAACUUAAAAUAUUUUAAUACUUUUUAAAUAAAGCAACAUUCAGAAACAGACAAAAAUGGAUUGUGCCUUAAUUUAUAAAGUCACAUUUUUAAUCUCAAACAUAAGAUCACAUAUAAAAAUAAUUAAAAGCAGCCAUAAUACAGCAGUGGUUUUGAUUGUUUUAAUUUUUGCAACAGAGGAGACCUGCAUGUUUGAAUCCUAAAUGAAUGAGACUUUUUGAAUGAACAGAACUCUAAUACUUAUACGGAUCUUGUUGUCCUUUUUGGAAGAAAUAUACUCAUUCCAGUUAUGCAGUAUUUUUUAAUUUGGUUUUGGAAUUCUACUCAUAGUCUGCUUACUACUUGGAGUAGAAAUUCUGUAUAAAUAUGUUACAAUCACAGGAAUCAUUUCUCCUUCCACCCCGUAUUGUGUUCAGUCAGUAUAGCUUUUGUAUUUUGCUAUCUAAAGCUUCUCUCUCUGCCCUCGUGUGGCUAAACCAUCACCUGAGAAAAUGACAAGUGUGCUAAAGAGUGACCAAUUUAUCUGGGUCUGCCUGGAACUUGCCCAGUUUUAGCGCCAAUAGUCGCGCAGCCUGGGAAAUUCUUCAGUUCCCGGCAAACUGGCAGUGUUGGUCACCCUAACUUGAAGUGACCAUCAAGGACUUCCUGAAGGGGGAACAUGAGACCCUCCAAAGAGAUACUGUUCGGUUAGGUUAUCUCAGAAUUUGUCAAGAGGUAUUUGUAUUUGUUUUUCAUCUUAAACACAAGUGUGUCUGUUUUUCAUCUUAAAAGAAAUCAAAAUGCCACUGGUAGAAUUGACUGAAUGCUAGCCAAGUGCACUGUUGAGUCAAAAUCCUUACAAAGACUGUACCAUGAGAGAGAAGUUUUUUCCUAGUUCUUUUAUCAGUUACGGUCUAGGGGGAAAAAUGGCAUACUGUAAUUAGAAUAAUUUAAGAAAAGUUUAAUGAACUAUUACAAAGAUGUGGUCAAGGUGGUAGGAAAGCCCAUGAAUUAAUGCAGAAUAAUGCUAGUAAGAGUGAGAUUGUUCCCAUCCCUGGGCUUGUUGGAGUAAGGGAAGAACAGUUACAGGAUCCCAGAAGGAGAAAAAGAGGCAUAUGGACAGACCUCCCUGAAAUGAGCUGUGAUCUUGAACAGAGGCUUGCAUCCAGUAUAGAGCAACCGCAGUCAGGGAGCUGGAAUCAGUAUAGUAGCCUCCCUCCUCCCCAUCUGCCAGGUUGCUGAAGAUCCCCAUUAGCUGAACCCAAGAAGAAGCCAG